AUGGCCUCUCCGAUGAACCCGCCGCGCAGCGGGGGCGGCCGCUCGCUCGGUUCGCGUCUGCGUCUCUCGCGCUCGGCGGCGUCGAUGAAUGUCCAGGCGCAGCGAGCGAACGCCGCUUCUUUUCCCGCCAUCUCGCCGCCAAUGCCGGCCUGGCGGCGUCCCAGUGCGCCGGGCCCUUUCACCAGCCGGCACCACGCCUCGGGCUCGGCCAGCAGCAGCGAGUACAGCCUCUCUGUGGCUCUUGCGCCGCCGCCGUGCAACUCGCCCAUGCCUGAGCUGCCGUCGCCUGCCUCUGCCGCCGCCGUGCUGGCUCUGGCCGCGCAGGACAAUGGCCGCUUCCCCUCCUUUGCGCCCUCCUCGCAGCAAGACUACAAGCUGACGACGCUGUCGCUCGACGAGAUGCACCGCACUGCAGAGCUGGUGGCAGGCCUGGCAGGCGUUGGUGCACGGAGAGCGCAUGUACAGCCCAGGACGACGCAGGCGAUUGGCGCCGGCACGUUCGGCCAGCUGCCGGCUGAAAGCGACUCGUCCGAGUCCAUGUCGCAGUCCAGCUGCUCGACUGACCAGCGCUUCGACGAGUCGGCACUCACGCCCUCGUCCGUCGCGUCGCCACGCCCGAGGACGCAGAGCUUCAAUCACUCGGUGUCGGCGGGCGCAUACGGCGUCGAGCCGAUGCUGGACUUUCCCGCCUUUCAGUUCUCGGACGAUGAUCUGCUCGACCAGCACCUGCAGCAGCUGCAGUCCCAGCAAGAGGAGUCGAUGCAGAAGCACUCGCACUCGCGGCGGCAACCCUCUGCUCGGCCUGCGCGCGAGCGUGAGCCGACGCUGCGAGCUCACGUCUCGCGGCCUGCGCUCGGCGUCGUCCAGGCGCAGUCGCCCGGGCCGACGCCCACGCAGCUGCGACGGCGCUCGCGCUCCGUCACCAAGAUCAUCACGCAUGAUGCGCAGCGCGGCUCCAGCCUCUUGUCGGCGCUGCAGUCGCCGGCCUCUGAGCACGGCCACGCCAGGACAUUCUACGACACCUCCGACUCGGACCGCUCACAGCUCCUCCCGCCCAGUGGCAAGCGAAGAUCGCGCGUCCUGUCCACUUCAGGCCUGCAGCACCGUCCGUCGGGUCCUGUGUUUGAGCUGCGUGCCGGCGAUCUGCUCAACGGCAGUCCCUCGCCCCGGCAACGUGCCCAUUCCGUCUCGCGGCAAGUCCAGGAAUGGUCUCAUGCCGCGGCACUCGCAAGUCCUUCGCCGGUGUCGCCGAGCAUCAACGCUGCGCCUCGCACCCGAAGAGCGCGCGCCAACUCACACUGCCCGCCCGCGACGGCGCACAGUGUGCACAGCUCUCCCUCUGCACGUCCGAGAGCCUUGCACAGCAGGGACGAGGCUGCUGUCGAGCCGCUGGAGCCAUUCAGCGUUCUGCCGAGCCUGCGGCCAUUCGACCUCGGUGGCGCCGCUGAGCUCGAUGCUUCCGCCUCGACGUCGCUCCAGGUGUCCAACGCGCCGGCGGCUCUGGCACCGCAGCGACCGCCACGGUCAGCGCGGCGCGCUUCGAUGCUCCUGCCGACUCUUCGCACCGGCGAGCCGUCCGGCUACGCAAGCAGCGGAUCGGACGACUCUGCGCGUGUCGCCAGCGCGAGGCCGGCCAUGGCCCCUCGCUCUGCCUCUGGACCGCACGUCACGCGGUCUCCAUCGCCGCUUGCAGCUCUGCCUGCCUUUGCCUCCUCGGAAGAAGUCAGCUCAAAGCGGCUCAGCCGGCUCUCUGUGGUCCAGAAGCAAGUCGCGCUCGAGGAAGGGAACGAGGUAGGCCCGGCGCAGCAGCUGGCGGUCUCGCCUGUCUUGCCAAUGGCCCAGCCGAGUGCGUCAACGCAGCCGCCCGGUCCGGACCCGACCGGCUUCCGCACCAGCGCGUACUCCCUCGUCGCGGUCGAUGUCGCAAGCGACGAUGCGGCGAGCCAGGGCGACGGCGCUGGCGCCGGGGACAACGGCGACGUGCAACAGAGCAUGCACGACGAGGAGAACAUCGAGUGGGAGAUGAUGCCUGCCACAACGGACGACAGCGACGCGCAGGACCUCGACGGCGACCUCGAGUGGCGCGGUGGCGCAGUCGACCAGGAGGUUGGGGCGACUUUCGACCCGUGGGACGUCAAUCACGAGCGACGCAGCGCCAUUGAGCUUUGGCGGCAGUUUGGCGAGCGCUACGACGGCGCUCGGCCAUGGCACGAGGAGGAGAACCUCGCAGCAACGCACGACGAGGUGCAGAGCAACAUGUGUGCCACCGAGCCUGGCACCGUCGCGACACCGGAGGAGCCGAUCCCGCUGCCGCCAGUGUCCUUCAGCCCGCCGGUAGCGCAUCGGCUCAGUACCACGCAUGUGCCGCAGGCAUCAGCCGUGCCGGAGCCCGCGAACCGCCUUUCCGUGUCUGCGUUUGUCACUCCGACUGCGUCUCCCGCAGCGGACUCGUUCGAGUUCGAGAGCCUGCCGCCGCCGACGCCCGCCGCCGACGUCUGUGGGCCCUCCACGCCGGUGCCGGGGGCGUGGGCCGCAUCGGCGUCCAUGCGAAGCCUCAGCUCGAUGCAGCAAGCUACCGCCCGGCCGCAGGACCUCGCGGACCUGGCUAGUGGCCUGGGCAUCAACCUGGACGGCACAACUCCACCCCCGCCGCCAGCACGAAGCGUGCCGUUCGAGAUCUUGGAGGAUGCCGCCUCGGACUCGUCCUCUGAAGACAGCUGCGACGCGUUCGAGAGCGCCGAUGAGGGCGACGAGGGCGUGUGGCGGUCCAACAGAGCCUCGCGGCAGUCCAAGGCGCUCUCCUGGUUCCAGGCCGCCGAUGCCUUCGAGAAGCAGCACGGCUGCGCCCGCGGACCCUCUGGCUGGCGCACGUCCGUCCGCUACAGCACCGACUGUCGACGCUCCAUCAUCGGGCGCCCCAGCCCUGACUCGAAGCGGCUGUCGAAGAUGCUUGCCAUUUCUGCCGUCCGCAGCCCACCGCAGUCGGCGUUCAUCGAACCAGCAGGCACAUCGCCAGCAAUCUCGGAAGCAGUUCAGGCCCAGACCACAAGCACACUCCACGACGCUGCGAUCGAGGAGGAGUCGAGCGACUGCGUGGAGCCAGAGAUGCCCUUUCUGACGCGCUCCGCCUCGCUCUCCUCUGAGGAGCCCGAGACGCCGGCGGCAUCCGAGCCUGUCUUCGAGCUGCAAGUGGCGGACGAGGCCGACCAUGCGGACAGCAACUUCGUCGCGUGGCGGCAGUCGUUUGGCACCGUCCCAACUGCGCCCUUCACGGAGCGCGAGAUCUUUAGCGUCAAGGAGACCCGCAGCGGAGAGGCUAGUGCACCAAGGCGGCCCCAGAUCGCAGCCAACCCAGACACCGCGCCUGGCGAGGCGUACCCCUCGGCCUCUGCGCGCCGCCAGAGCCGGCGCAUGUCGCGCCGCAUGUCCAGCCAGAUGCCGCGCAACUCGGCAGCUGCCGCCGAGAAUCGCAAGAGCGUGCAGGCAUACCGUCGUCUCACUGCCAUGGUCAACGCCACGCCGAUCCAGCUCAACGAGGCGCCGUCGCAGUCGUCCUGGCGCUCCUCCUUGCACCCGCGCGUCUGGGAGCAGCUCUGCUCACAGUUCGGCGCCAAGGAGAUGCACCGCCAGGAGGUCAUCUGGGAGCUGUGCGCGACGGAGCGCUCCUUUGUGCAGAGCCUCUGCAGCAUCCAGCGCGUCUUCUCGCUUCCGCUGCGCACCGCAGAUGGCCGCUGGAUGCCUGGCGUACCGACCGCGGCCGCCCGGCUCUUCGACUGGCUGGACGACAUUCUGCAGCUGCAUUCGAAGCUCUCUGCCUCGCUGGACCGCUCCCGCGCCGCACAUCCCAGCCCCGUCGUGGUGCAGAUCGCGCCGAGCGCGCUCAAGCACGUCGAUGGCCUCGUCGUGCACCAGCCGUACCUCGUGCGCUUCGAGGAUGUGACGCGCACCAUCGAGGCGAUCAUCCGCGAUGCCGACGCGACGGCCUUUGGCCGUUUCCUGGAGAAGCAGCUGCGCAUCCCAGAGUGCAGCUCGAUGAGCCUCAGCAGCUUCCUGCUCAAGCCCGUGCAGCGCCUCAUGAAGUACCCGCUGUUCUUCAAGCAACUGCUGGAACUGACGCCUGAGCAGCAUCCCGACCACGCGACGACGCGCGACCUGCACACAAAGACCGAGGCUCUCAUCCGCGACAUGAACAACGUCAAGGCGCGCGAGGAAGACUACAACGCGCUCGUGUCGCUCGAGGAAUGCAUCUCUGGUCUGCCGUCGGGCUUCUUCCUGGCCACGCGCUACCGCAAGCUCAUCCGGCAAGGCCCGCUCCGCUGGGUGCAGCUGACGGCAGAGCAGCGUGGCCAGCUCGGCGAGCAGCGCCGCUCUGCACACGAGGCCGACGAGGGCUCGCCGGUCCUGCCGGGUCGCGCACCGGCGAGUGGCUUCAAGCCUCUGAACCUGCGCUCCGCAGCAGCCUCUCGGACACGCGGCGACCCGGCCCGCAGCUCGGUGUGGUCGAACUCGAGCAGCGCCACAGUCUCCUCGUUCUCGUCUGCCUCGCCCUCCGAGCUCUCGCGCAUCAACAGUCCGCGCGCGGCACCGUCUCCCACCUUUGACGGCCGCCAAUCGCCGAGCAUCGGCGCCCGCUCGCCCUCAUUCCGCAGCGACGUCGCCGAGUCUGCCGCGUCGUGCGAACCGAGCAGGGCGUUCUCGGGCAGCUCUGCCAUCACGCCACAGGCGACACAUCCGACACGCGCCGCGCCGCUGGCGCCACCCCGCUCAAUGAACCGCAAGUCCUCGAUGGCCAAUCUCUUCGUGCGAGCCAGCAGCAAGGCGGCGGCACGAGAGCGCGAGCGCCAGACCAACGACUCGGCGGUCCACCUGCAGGCCUACGUCUUCUCCGACCUGGUCAUCUUGGCGCUGCCCGACGGCACGCUUGCCGAGACAGCCUCGCCGGCUCUCGGUGUCAAGGGCAAGUCCGCCAAGCUGCGCCGCAACUCGGCCUCGCACCAGGCCGAGAGCCCCGCGUCUGAGGCGCCGCUGGCCGACCGCUUCGCACUGCUCGAGAACGUCGGCCUCACGCGCGUGCUCAACGUCAUCGACCACUCGGGCAAGUGUGCCGAGCACCCCUUCCUGCUCGAGCUGGAGGUGCUGCCGAUCAAGGUCGAUGGCAGCUCUGGCGUGCGCGACGCUCAGCGGCCCAGCGGCGGGCCGGCGUCGUUCUUCUUCUCCUUCUCUGCGCUGGACGAGAACGGCGAGCGCUGCAAGGACGCCGCGCCAGAGAGCAAGUGCGCGACGUGGAUGCGUGCGCUCGAGCGCUCGCUCCUCUCGUCGAUCGCCUCGACGCGCCGCCAGUCGGUCAUGCUCUCAAACCCGUCCUCUCCCAUGCUGGGCGAGCCGGACCAGCCCACGACGGCGCACGCCGAGUGGCCGCGCCGCAAGGCACAGGUGACGGACCUCGUCAUGGCGGCGGCGCGCACCGGCGACCGCACCAAUCUCGUGGCGCUGCUGCAGUCGGGCCUGCCGUACCCUCGCUCGCCCUCGCACCAAGAGCUGGCCGACCGCGCCAGCGAGGUGCUCAACGCGACGCUGCGCUCGCAGCAGGGCACCAAGCUCGCCGACGGCGUCAAGACGUUUGCGUCCAUCGGCGACAGCGUGCUCGACGACGUCGAAGAAGAGCGCGAAGAGCGCCGCUGGUGGGCGCUGCGUCUCGCCGAGGUGCGCCGCGACAUGGACGCCGAGCGCGACAUCGACGCCAUGGCCGAGGCGCGCGCCUCUGCCGCCGCCGCGCGUGCCGCCAGUGCCGCCUGCAGCCCGCAGCUGCUCCAGCAGAGCAAGAAGCCCCGCCCGAUGUCGUCCUACAGUCCCCACGACGUGGCGACGCCACCCAAGCGCAGCGUGCGGCGCGGCGUGCCCGUGCUGCCGUCUUCGCCGCCCAUCAUCUCGGCGCCGCGCCUUGCGCGCCACGUCUCCUCCUACCGUAGCUAA